CAGUGUUGGCGAGCAUGCUAUGCCACUAGGGUAACAACUAGUGGCUCGGGGGAAGUAGAUACAUCCGAAAGCGUUCUUGUAAAAUAGAGCAGGACCGGCGGUUUCGGUUCCUGCUGCUAGAGCUGUUGGAUCUACUAGACCUACUUCUAGUCGUUCCUGGUGCACCAGCCGCAACUCCUUCAUAUCGGUAGAAACAAGUUAAAGUUCAGCAAACCAGCACUAGUUCUUCUUCCAACUACUUCGAAAGACAUCACCAUCCCAUGGCGCUUGCAGGAACGUUUUCCUUGAAAAAAUCGGCUCAGUCGCCCCUCAUGAGGAUCCUGACCCGGUGUUUCCUCACCUCCGGUUUCAUCCUCUUUUUCCCGCUACAACCGGGUGCUGUUUUCGGGAAGGCGGUCGGGAAGGAAUCAGGCGCUAAGGAAGCGGUAUUGCAGACGAAGCGAGCACAACAUGCGAUGAAGCGGAGAGGGAACAUCAAGCUUCAAAAAAAUGCCGCUCGCAGAAGUACUACCAAAUCCGCAGCGCCGACGCACUUUUGGGCGGGGAACGAGCAAAACGCGAAAAAUUUGUUUUUGCAAACCGACCGGGCAAUUGUACGUAUUCCCGCCGUCGCGGCGCAUCAGCAGACUGAAGAAACCAAGCGAAUAAAUCUUCGCCGCGAUGGCAGCGAAACAAGCAGAAGGCCAUCAACUACUGCUGCAAGCGCGUUUGUCGAAAAACACGAACAGCGCCGUCAGCCUAGUCUCGAGGACGCUGGGGAUUUUCUGAGUGGAGUGGGAAACCGGGUCCAGGACGUGAAAGAGGGUUACAACACACUGAAAGGGCAUUUGGACACUGUCGGGAACCACCUCAAUACCGCGAAGGAGCAUGUGCAGAACGCGACAGAAACCGUCCAGCACCACUACAACGCGGCGAAGGAAAAUUUCCAAAACGCGACAGAGACUGUCCAGCACCACUACAACGCGGCGAAGAAGCAUUUCCAAAACGCGACAGAAACCGUCCAGCACCCGUACAACGCGGCGAAGGACACAGUCAACGUCGGCUUGCACCACCUGAAUAACGCGAAAAACAAACUCGGGGCGCUGCCGUCGGGGGACAGGGAGUAUAACGUGGGACAACAGUUUCAGCGGUUGGGCCGACACCUCAGGUAUCGUGCGGGCUUCCACUGCGGCACGGACGUUAUCACGGAGACGCUGAAGGUAGGAUUCCAGAGGAAGGAUAAACUCCUGGUCGACUUUGACAACAGUCCGGAGAGUCCGUUUCGGCAGCUCAGUGAGUUUGUCGACGACUGCAGCCAGCCUCGGCACUUCGAAGACGGGUCGGAGCCCACUUGCAACGCGAAGCUAUCAACUGCAAAAAUGUCUGGGUCUGGAAACUUGUGAUGCUGCGUUGGGAAUAGUGAAUGCUCUGUAAUGCACAGGCAAGCAUGAGAAAUAUCUGCGCUUCUUUUUGUUGCGUUUUUCGCAUGACAAACUGCAUUUUUGCAUGACAGGCAAAAGGCGGGUCUCUUCUUGGACACGCAUCACAAACUUUUUGGUCAUGCCAGACAAGCAUGACAAACCUCGCAAUCUUCCAGACCUCCCAGACACUUUUGCAUUUGAUAGACGCGGUGGGACCAAAACUUCUGUCCGGAACUGCAGGCCGCGUGCGACGUGGAAGAGGAGGCGGAGGAGCACCAGCAGGCUGGAGCGCAGCAGGAGCAGCAGUAUCAGAGGAAAAGAUCCCCCCUCCCCAUAUCAAAACGAAAUUUCUGAUGCUGGAUUUGCGUACACAAAUCAAGUCUGUCUUGCAGUAAGGGACUGCAAGCCCAUAUCAAGCCUAAGUAGAAGGGUUUUGACGUAGGCGCGCAGCAUGGCAAAUGUGUACUCUGUAGGCCCCAUAGCAUCACAAACCGCCUGCAUGAUGCGGCGGAGUCGCUGGAUUGUCUUUCUUGCAAGACAGACACGAUUUCUGACCCCAAAUCAGCAUCACAAAUUUCGAAGCGCCUGCGGAGGCUUGCCUUCCCAGUGAUAAUGGACAAUGGCAAUGUCGGUGCGGUUGUUUUAGCAUCACAAAUUUCGAAAAGUAUACCUUUUCGAUAUGGGGAGGGGGCAUUUUUCCUUGCUAGAAGCAGAUCAAGAAGAUUAUGCCGAACUGCCAGUAUUUGGAUGACGAUGACAAGGCCCUGCUGCUGGAACUGAUGAGCGGUGACGAAGCCGGCUCGGGCGAGGAACUGACCGUGGCGGACCUGUACGCAGCCUGUGAAAAGAAGGAGAAAACGCCUCUGACCGACUUCACGCUCAGCAACAAGGAAUUCCACAUGUGCGGACGAAAGAUGUGCGAGACGAAAAUCCGCUGCGAUACUGAUGACCUCCAGCAUUUCCAGAAUUAUCCAGGGCAAAUAUGUCUGGGCCUGGAAAAGUGGAACUUGUAAUGCGCGUCUUACAUUUAUGAAAAAUCUGUGUUGCAUGAGAAGCAAAAGAGAAGCUUCCUUUGUCAUGCAAAAACGCAAUUUGUAAUGCGUCCUAGGCAUUAGCAGGCGUCUCAAAAACUUGUCAUGCUUGGCUGCCAUUGGAAGCGCUUCAAUCAUGCGCGAUUCAGCAUCACAAGUUUCCAGACCCAGACAUAUUUGCACUCGAUAAGAAUUUGUGGGAGCUAAUUCUCGGGAUGAACAUGACGGACAAGCUAUUACAAUGAAGAAUGCCCCCACCCGCGAAUUUGCAAAAGUUUGUCAUGCAAAGUUUCCAAGUGAAAGCUUUUGGUCUUGCAGGAAAGGAUUGCGAGCCUUUCUGAUGCAGAAUCUAGGUGCGUAAACUGCCUUGUGCAUCACAGAUCCGGCUGCUGUUGGGCGCCUUCGCAACACAAAUUCGACCUAUUCAGCAUGGAAAAUUUGUGAUGCUGAGAUAUGCAAGAAGGGAAAUGUUUCUAUUGGAAAUGUUUGCAAUACAAAUGCUGCCAAGUGUGGGGUGGGAGCAUUUUUCAUUGUAAUACAAGCCGCGAGAAUUUUUGUCCGAAGCGACCUUCAAAGAGCACCGGGGGAACAAUGUUAACGGGGAAGUGCGGUCGCCCGAGCAGCAGAAAUAUGAACUGCAAAAGUAUCGUACUGCUACUAGUAGUAAUUGCAAUACUAAUUAGCUCAGCAUGACAAAGGGAAUUUGUCAUGCUGUUUUGCCUUGGUAUGGAGAUUUGUAAUGCAUGAUUGCGAUUACUACGAGUACGAUACUUUUGCACAGGAUAAGAAAGCGCUCACUGUGACGGAAUUGGAAAACUACUGUGAUUCGAACAGCUACUAUGACAGUGCACAACUCGACGUCCCCCUUGUUCUCAUUUCUCAUGCAAAACACCAAUUCCACACUUUCCCGCCUGUCACUGUUUUGCAUGACAAGUGCUGGUAGUAGCCCGAAUAACACUACAGUCCAGUGCAAAUUUGUGAUGCAAGACCGGCACUGUUGCUGAUGCUUGUGCUGCCCUUCAUGAUAUACAAAGGAGAGGGAGGGGGACGAGUUGUGCACUGUCAUAGCUACUUGGAUGUGGUCGACGGUGAAGACGGCACGCACUCUUUCCACGAUUACUCGUUCUUGGAGGAAAAUGAAAAAGCGUCCAGUGCAGUGGAGGUGUCGGGCAAAGAUUCCGGCCAGCAGCAGCAGGCUGGAGCGCAGCAGGAGCAGCAGACCAAGAAGAUUAUGCCGCACUGCCAGUACUUGGACGACGAUGACAGGGCCCUGCUGGCGGAACUGAUGAUAUGGAAAGAAUAAAAGUGUUUACAGUUACACAUUGUGUUCAAGGCCAAGCAAUUAUGCAGACAAGCUCUGUCAACAUGCCGGAUAUUAUGCAUAGGAACCUCGUUGUUAUUCAUACGUACUUUCCCUACUUAUGAUAUCAGCAUUGCAAGUUUUCUCUAUCAUACAGAGAAAAAUUGUGUUGCUGAAUUGACAACAAGUGUUGACUAACCGCAAACACUUUUUUUCUAUGUUGGAUAGAUGAGCAGUGACGAGGCCGGCUCGGGCGAGGAACUGACCGUGGCGGACCUGUACGCAGCCUGUGCAAAGGAGGCAAGCAUGCGCUGGGCUCUGACCUCGAGUGACCCACGGGACUAUCAAAAUGAAAAAUCCCCCCUCCCCAUAUCAAAAGGAAAUUUCUGAUGCUGGAUUUGCGUACACAAAUUACAUUUGUCUUGCAGGAAAGCACUGCACGCAGACAGCAAGCCUAAGGGGGGGCCUCUUGGUGUAGGGGCCUAGCAUGGCAGACGUCUGCCCUGUAGCCUUGCAGCAUUACAAACCGCCUCCAUAUCGCGGCGGACUCUCUGGAUUUGCCUUCUGGCAAGACAGACAGGAUUUGUGGCCACAAAUCUGCAUUACAAAUUUUCGGAAGGACAUGUUUUCAAUAUGGGGAGGGGGGAUUUUUCUUUGCAAUAGGGACGAGAGUGACUUCACGCUCACCGACGAGGAAUUCUACUUUUGCGGGCGAAAGCUCUGUAUCAAAUGCAAAAAUGUCUGGGUCUGGAAGAAUGUAGACUUGUCAUGCAGAUUUUCCAUGACCCAUGAGGUCUGGAAUGCGGGACUUAGCAUGACAGACUCUGCGAGGUCUCUGCCAUGCCUAUUCUGCAUGAGAAACUCCGGCCCAACUUGGUCAAAAGUGGACAGCUUUAUGGCACUCAUGCAACACAGAUUUUUGCAUGCUUCAGAUUUACCAUGACAAGUUGCAAUCUUCCAGACCCAGACACUUUUGCAAUUCAUACUCUGCGAGACGAAAAUCCACUGCGCGAAGUACCCGCUUUUUCAGAAUUUGUGGAAGCUAAUUCUGGGGAAGAACAAAAUGGAUCCGUUCAAAACCAAUUAUGUGGCCGAAACGACAUUCAAGCAGCACCUGGCGAACAAAAAUGCCGAGCACGGAGCAUGGGCGAACGUAAAAGAUGAAGAUCUCGCAAGUUAUCAUGCAAACGGUGGAAUCAACUCAGUUUGGUACCGUGGAAAAGAACUGUACCUGCGGAAUAUUAAAGUGAAAAAUGCCCCCACCCCCAAAGUCGCAAAAACUUGUGAUGCAAAGUUUCCAAAUGAAAACUUUUUGUCAUGCAUGAAAGAAGUAUGAAUCUUUCUGAUGCAGAGCCUAGGCGUGUAUCGCAUCGCUUGCAUGACAAGCGCCACUCUUGCUGGGGUCUUUUGCAAUACAAAUUUUUGCUAUUCACGAUUGGAAAUCUGUGAUGCUGAUAGAUGCAAGGGGGCGAGUGUUUCAUUUGGAAAGGUUUGCAAUACAAAUGCUCCCAAGUUCGGGGGUGGGGGCAUUUUUCAUUUUGAUACGGAACAAUGUCACCGGAUUUUCGCCUCCGUAUGCCAGAGAAAAAAUCAAAAUUUGGUACCGUGCAGUACAAUGUCCUCGAUAUUAGGUGACACAAGAAAACUGCCGAUAUUUUUGAGAUGAAAUUUUGCAGUGCAGCAGACUUAGUACUCACACGCUUAGUACAAGAGCCCUUCGGCUAGUAGAAUCCGGUCUUGUGUUGACUACCUUCCACAACCACGCUAGAUCUGGUUAUAAUUGGAUAUCUUGAGGAGACGUAGAAGAUCGUGCACAGGCGUUCUUGGUCCAGGCUUGGAAUUAUGCAACAAUUAGAUGUCAACAUGCGUUUUAUGUACUUAGUACCCGGUCCAUUUUCUGCAUUUUUCCUUAUUUGUCGCAUAAUGAGCAGCAGAAAACGAAGCUGACCUUGACCGAGUUGGAGGACUACUGUGAAACGAAGGAUUAUGGGAGUGUCAGGAUUGAAAUCGUCACAGUUGAAAGAAUUUGUCAUGCAUAAAAUGCAGCCCACAAAGUGCCUGCCUUGCAGAAUAGGCAAGUGAGGCAGAUUGUAAGCCUGUUGAGGGACCUCCUGUGAAGGCCGUCGCCUGAGGAGAUCUCCCGGUCGUAACGUGGGGAGAAGCAGGCCGCAUGCUUAUCAGGGCAAGCGGUUAGUAGAUCUGGUAGGUUGAAAGAGUGGCCCCAGUGAAUGAGGGCCGCCGCCUCUCAUGAUGUCACCUAGUAGACCAUAUAUACGCGCUGGCCUUGUUGUUCUGCGGAGAGCUAGCAGCAAGCAGCUCCCUGGCCCAUGCGCUUGCGCUGCUGCGCAGGUCCGCAACAAAAAGGCACGCCGCCGCUGUGCUGUUUGUUGCCUGCCGCUCGGGUGCCGCAGCUGCACCUCGCGCGUCCGCGGGACGCGACCGGGCAGCAAGCCGAGUGGCACCGCCGACGAGCGCAGCUGCGCUACCGUUAGGGGAGCGCAGCCACCCAGAUGGCUGGCCACCCCACCCUCCCGGAUGCCGCCCCUUAUCCGAGCUCGGCCAAGCCCAUACCGAGAAUUAUAGCGCCGACCGUUGAUAGUGCGCGGCCACCCGGUUGGUCGGUACUAUGAAGAGCGCGCCACGACAGGCGAGCCCUGUGGCACCACUGAAACGGCCACACAGCAACACACUGGCGGCGCACAACCGCCCACGAGUUGAGCGCCCCCAGACAUGCAAAUGCUUGCUGUGGCUACGCAGUGCAAUUCCAAAUCGGACGAAAAUCAACGGCAGUCGUGGGGAGGUGUUGGUGUUCGCGAGGCACUACGUCCGACGCGCCUCCGAGCCGUGAGGGCACUCCUAGGGAUAGGAGAGAGGGACCGAAAGAGCACCUACUCCGGGUGCGAGAGAUCCUGCCGUGACAGAUCCUACGAUGCACUGAGAUCCAAUGGGCCCCUUGUGCGUGCGAUGUUUGUGCACAGUGGUCGGCAUCACCUGUGGCUUCGAUAAUAAUAAUAAUAAGCCUGUUGAGGGGUAGAAACUGAGGUGCUAAAGUAGCAUGACAAAAGGCGUCUUCCUUACCCAAACAGCGUUACAAACUGGAUUUCGGUUCUACCCAAAUUUGUCAUGCGCCACUUGGAACCUGGGUUAGAACUUUCAUCCAUUUUAUGCAUUACAAAUUCUUUCAACUUUGUCGAUUUCAAUCCUGCCACAUCCAUAAGGAUUACUAUGCUAGUGGACAUCCAUUCGAAGAAGUCCCUCUCUUCAGCAGGCACGUAGUAGCUUCUGCAUGACAAAAAUAAAUCUAGGCACGACCCACUGUACUACUGCUGUUUGGAGUUCUUGUGCUAUAGGUUGUCACGCAUCACUGCUUAGGGUUAGGGCGAAAAGGCAGCCGGCAGAAUUUAAGUACUUCUUGCAAUUUCAUCCCAUGGAAAUUAUGAUAGACGCAGAUGACGAGUUGCUGGUAGUGGGAGUUCGAGUUCUUGUCCACUUUCAUACUUGCGCAGAUGUGGUCGAUGGCGAGUUCCCGAUGUGGGCUAUCACGAGAGCGUUUAUGGAAAGAAAAAGACUGUGGUCAACAUUUAGUGUGAGAAGUCUGUUUGCGAUAUUAAUGCAGGGUUUUGCAUGUAGUUGACAAGGACAAGCCCAACUGUCAGCACUGUUAUAAUAUUGCAGUUGUUCUUUGUAAUAGUAAUGCUAAUGCCCUGACGCCGACAUCACAAACAUGUACAUGAUAGCCCUUUGUCGAUGGUGAAUUCAGCACGCACCAUCGGCGCAUGAAGAGUCUUUUGUGUCAUGCAGAGGAAAUUUGCUGUUGCUGUAGCGUAUGUUCAUGCAAAAAAUCCACACGAGCACAGUUCUUUUAUGGCAUACCGGGGGAGGAAGAACAACCAUCAUCCAGUGCGGUGGAGGUGUUUGGACCGUUCUACCCGACGGAAGAAACAAUGCGAAAAUUUUCGAAACGCAGAAAAUGGCCAGCGUCGUCCCAACAAGUAUUAGAUGCUUGAUGCAGAAGUACGAAUGAAAGAAUCUAAAGAUAAAUUAAUAAGCGAGAUGUCAAUGUCAUGGGUGUCGUGGACAUUCUAUUUAUGUGCGCUAGUACCAAGAGCAGCAAUCGAAAAUCGACGACGGGCGGAUCUAGCGCUGGUUACAGCACUUGUCGACGGAGCAAGCACACGCCUGCCACACUCUUCCGACCUGCGGGCGUGCGGAAUAGUCCCGGACCGUUCCGAACUCGUCGACCCACAAGCGAAGGCACACUCUACGAAGACAGUGUCCAUAGUCGCCCACACAGACGUAGGCACGACAUUAGCCUGCGAAAUGGAGAAAAUGGGCAAAGGUAUCCCGGUACUGGCGGCAAAGACCAACGGCGCGCACCUCGAGACCGAGGAAAGAGAGGAAGAGCAGCGCUUUGCAGCCUACUGCAACAACGCGAUAGUGCUUAUGGAUUCCAUAGCGUCUUGGCCUCAAACGGCCAAGGUCUGCUUCCGGCUAGAAGACUACCGCAGGCUCUGGAUCAAAACACGGGGCCCACUGCGCAGGGGUCUAGGGAUUGUGCUCGCGCUGGUAGAAAGAAUCGAAGCGGUGCAAAAGCUCGGACACGUGGUAAUAAAGCAGUGUAAGUACGACGCGGACGAAGACAGAUCAUGGGUGACUGCCACACCGCCCCCCGUGAUCUCUACCGGUCUGACGGUAGUGAAUGUAGCUGACCACGACUGCUACGCUGACUGGCCCGCUUUUGACUAUGGUGAAGAUGCCUUCAAGUUCGAACCGGUACAGCGUUGGCCGGAAAUGAGCAGGCGCGAGCGCACGGAAUUCCUCACAGCAGCAUUGCUAGGCAACCAGGAGCAAGCGCAAAACCUGAGCGAGGCGGCCGCACACGGCGCACAGGCAAGCAGCGGCAUACUAGCACGGGUGCAGGAAAAACAGGCCAAAGGGGAAGCUCAGCCAUGGUGGGAAGAAAAUGCCGAUCAGAUAAAAAACAAAUUCCACCCGCAAGGCUGGGACCACCUUGACGAGGACGCGCUCGCAAAGUCCCUUAGCAAGAUGCUGGAGGUGGACGAACCACCUAGCGCGUCCAGCUCAUCCUCCUCGAGCUCGGGGCCCCCAGGCACGAAAGGGACAAGGAAAAACCGCAAACGGGCGCGGAGCAACUCGGGGGACUGGGGUGAACUUCGAAGUCCGGAACCAGCGACGCCAGGAAACGACCCAGCACCCGAGCAGCAGGCGGCACAGGAAACGCAGGAGAGCCGGGAAGAGAGCCCCAAGAUAGGGUCGCUUUUCCGCGACUCGCCGGGAUCCAAGUUCAGACGAGGACCAUGGAAGUCGCUUUUCUGAGCAAGCAACUUGUUCUACUUCAAAAAGUAAACCUCUUCCAAAAAGCUACAUCUUCAAAAAAGACACUACUUCUACCGCAAAACAGACACUACUUCUUCCACUUCAUGAAACAGGGAAGCGAUACUGUUUUACCAAGGAAAGCCAAAGAGCAAAAGAAAAACAUAAGGCACCAGAAAGGGACCUACAAGCAGCCGGGCGCAGUUGUUCUGUUCGGCAAGAACGAGCGAAAAACCCAAAGGGCAAAGCCCAGGAGCGAAAACAAAAAAUGCGUGUCAACGCACAUGGCGCGCCCGUCCCUCCUACUCGUGUCAACUUUCCCCCUGGCGCAAGGUGGGACCUUGUCGCCAGGAGUUCUCCUUGUCUGCGCCGUCGCCAGUUCCUGCCGCGUGCUUACGGGUAUCCCUGAGUGAGCGAAUGGCCACAAUUUGCAUAAUGCGCGGCUCCACGGCGUGGGGUUGUGCGUGGCAAAAAACGGACUACUUUACAUGUGUUUUUGUAUGGAGCACUCGUCCGCCCUUUUGCUUUAGCCGAAAAGGCGAAUGGCAGCGAUUUGAGGGCCGCUCGUUAGCUCUAUGCGCUAGUACGCAAGUAGGCAAGUGAGUCGCGCUGUCUCCGGGGGGCGUUCCCUGGUCUCACUUUACAACCAAAAACUUAGCAGGGAAAGGAUCCAAGUGCCGGAUUGGGAGGUCAGUGCGUGCUUCUUCUGGCCAAGCUCGUCCAGAAGUAAUCACUGACUGUGGGACGUCGUUCAUGUAUGUGCUGCGUCAUGGUGCACGCAGUGGGUCCGGCGCUCGAGCUAUAGUGACCGAGCCGUGGUGGAGCUUAAGUGCUCCCCGCGCCGGACCUAAAAAACAGGGCUUAUUGCCUCGGCUCGGUCGCUGAUCAGAUCCGCCCUACGCUUAUGCAGAAUGCUACAGUGUGUGCGUUUUUGGUUCCCCCCUGAACGACGUGUGUGAGAGUGAGGCCCACACCCAAGUCCGAAAAAACCUAGCCUCAUAACAGCCGCGCCCUUAUGGUAUAGAUCAACUGUUCGUCAUAGAGGAUCGGCGUUCAGCUGCUCUCGGGCUGGAGGAGGGAGUAGCACGCAGCAGUCCGCUAAAGGGCACACUGCCAACAUCAUCAUCAAGAGCACAAGGAUGAAGUACAGAACAAGGCUUAACGAUGAAGUCGAACAGACAUAAUUAUUUGAAACCUCGCACCCAGUGAGCAUUUGCACUUGGACAUUGGUAGGUGCAUGCUGGCUCUUUUCUGCAGGAUAGUGCCGAAGAGAGCAGAGAAGGCAGCCACGCGGGAACACUCCACCACAGCCACGUCGUCGCACGAGGAGGUGGAGGAGGACGCGCGGCAGGCCCGGGAAGAGGAAAAGCGGGAGGCUGAGGAGAGGGCCAAGGAUGCAGCCGAUACGACCGCAAGUGGGCAACAAGGCACCGCGGAGUCCUACUUGCAGAUGUUUUCGAAGCUGUUUCACAGACAGAAUGCGAACGGGGAUGAUGAUGAUGAUGACGAUGACGAUGACCAGGACGAUGCCGACGCCGGUAUAAUCUGACAUUUCGUAGUACUAGUACAAGUCGUUCCAGCUGUAAUAACUUCUCCGCACGGAAAAAAUGAACUAGAGCGAGAAAGGGGCUUUUUGGUCUUUGAGGUUGAGCACCAUAAGGGCAAUUGUUAAAAACAAAUUGGAUGACCAUCUUGAUGAUCUUCUGCACAUUUUCCCAAAUUUCUCUAUCAAAAAACAGAUGACGAUGUAGUUGAUGACGACGAGGACGACGGCAAAGAACCUGUUCAGCCGGUGCACGUGGCCGACCUGGUCGGCUUUACGGACAAAUCCUACGGUGCUGCGGGCUUUCGCGAGAAUUUCUUCGAGGAGUUCAAUGUUACUGUAAGACCCGAUGAACCUGUUCCCAAAGACAAGGCGUUGGCCGUCUGGACCGCGCUUGAGGCCGGUCUGGAGGCAGACGGCGUCGAUGUUCCGGAGGAGGGGCAGGAUGGGAAAGACUGGCCAAACAACCUGUACCAAGUCUACCUCAAUUACACGUCGUUGGUGCCGGCUUCCUCUUAUGCACUGCAAAAGUAUCGUACUCGUAGUAAUCGCUAUCGUGCAUGACAAAUAUCCCUUUUUAGGUAGAUUAGCAUUACAAGUUUCAUUUUUCUUCUUGAAAAAAUUUGUGAUGCAGUUUAUACUAGUACGAUGGAUGCUUUUGCAAUGCAUUCCUCUGACAACGACAAGACGUGGCGGGAAACGGUGGCGAAAGGGAAAUCUUAUGAAAUGCAAAAGUGUCUGGGUCUGGAAGAAUGCAAGUUUGUCAUGCUUGUCUGGCAUGACUCUUAAAUCUGUCAUGCACAUCACCAAAGAGCCCCACACCACUUUGCUGUCAUGCAGAGACGUAGUUUGUCAUGCAGAAUAGGCAACACCUAGAAGCUCAGAAACUUGUCAUGCUGAGCCAGCAAUUGUGGCCUCCUCAUGAUACGCCACACAGCAUCACAAGUUUCCAGACCCAGACAUUUUUACAUUUGAUAAAUCUGCAAUCAAGACGAUGGGAAAACUGGUGUGCGCAGCGGGAGCGGAUGAACCGGAGAAAUUGACCGAGGACAUGAAGCUGUUCUGUAGCAGCGGAUCGUGGCGUCACCCAGCAACAACCUCUGCUCCGGUGCGAGACCUCCGGCCGGUUGACGGGUGGGAGCUAAAUGAAAUUCAGAAGAACGACAAUAAAGAGGACCAGGCCGGGAAUGACAACCAAGAGGACCAGACCUCCCACGAGAUGAACAAGGCGGAGUAUGUGAAAAAUGUGGAAAAGGGCGAUGUGUCUUUCCUUGGAGUACAGGCCAAGUUCGGCAGGGACGAGGAUGACGACGAUGAUAACGCCGAUGGUGAUCGCAAUUUCAACGAUGAUGAAGGUGGCGAGAAACGUUUCGUGCCGGCAGAGUCUGUAUCAAAUGCAAAUAUGUAUGGGUCUGGAACAAGGUUGCAACUUGUGAUGCUGUGUUUGGAUUCUAAAAAGAUUUGGUUUGCAUGACCAACAAGAGGCGUCCUGUUUGUGCUACGCGGGGAGGGCAUUUGUCAUGCCGAAUAGGCAUCAGGAAGCCUUCUAAAAAUCUGUGGUGCUAAGUCAUGCAUGACAGGCAUCGCGGGUCAUGCGAAACAUGCAGGACAAACCGUGCACUCUUCCAGACCCAGACAUUUUUGCAAUCCAUAGUCUCGUCGUCCUGAGAACUCGACUAGCACUACUACGACGACCACCACCAGUUCUACGACCAUCACCCGUAUCGAGUUUUCUGGUUGUUUUUUUUUUCUGAAUCUAUAGCAUGAUCAUCAGAGCCUGUUUGCAAUAGAUCACGCCUCAAGAAUCGUCGAUAAGUUGGGAGUCUUGGCCAAAUAAGUACGUGCUGCUACAUCUUCAAAACAGGUCACCUCUGGUUCCAGUGCACGGACCAAAUCCGGAUCUACCUGGAUCUAUCCACUGCAAAUAGAUACCGUUGGAUGUUGUCUGGAAGGCGAAGGAUGCGAACUUGUGAUGCGCAUUUUGCAGCAUAAAAAAAGGUGUCAUGAAUAGAAUGGAAACCAAAAAGUUGCAGUGCGCAUUGACAUUAUUGGCCACCCGCUCGCCAGCAAUGUGAAAGAGGGGCUUUGUCAUGUGCCGGAUUACACAUGAAGACGAGACCUUCUCAGGACCUGUGAUCAUCAUGCUGGGGCGUGCAUGGUUGACCUCCUGGAUGGUCAUGCCAAAGCUGCAUCACAAGCCUUUGCAUCCUUCCAGAUCUAGGUCGAUGUUUGCAGUUGAUACCACCAAGGAGCGACCAGCAGUACGACUACCAGCACAACCACGACUAUGCUGUGGAAAAGCGUCGUCCCGAUAGUUAAGAAUAAAGAUGGGGACUUUGCAUGCUACACAAACCGACCAGCUUUUGGCUGUCGCGCAUGACAAGCUCGUGCUCGCAGUGCAAUCGUGUGUACGUAUCUAGUGCACCACCAGGUGCAUCACAAUUCGAUCGUCUUGCCCUGAUUGUAGCGUGGCAAACUGCCAGACAGCAUUAAGAAAUGCUUCUCUUGGGCGGGCUGCGCAUGGGAAACAUUCGAGGCUUGUAGAUUUUUAGCAUCACAACUUUUGUUGGAUAGGGACGCUUUUACACUGGAUACCAACUAGCACGACAACCGAGGAAAAGCCGGUCGAGGAGCCCGAGGACGACUGAGGGGGACUAUCAAGACAGCGACGCUUCUUGGACGGACGAGGUGACUGUUUGAUUGCAUGAGGACAAUUUUUCUGCACCACAGAUUUUUUACUGCAACACAUACACAACUGGAUUUUGUUCAUUUUUUUACUUGAUCUAUUUUGAUUUUACAUUGCAAUAUACAUUUGCUCUACUGUUUGACGCUACUUUUUCAUGUUAACAUUUGGAUUUGAAAUUCCAGUUCUCAAUUGCAAGGUCAUUCAUUUAUUUCACUUUUGAAUUUCUCUUUCUUGUGACAUUAAGUAUAACUUGUUGUAUUCUUUCACGUUGUAUGAUCAUGAUCAUCCAGGCCGUCGUCGAGGAGCCUAUCAAUUCUACGCAAAAAAAUUCCUGUACAAAGAUGAAAGUUGACGUAAAAUAAGUUCAUUGGAUGAGGAGACCUCCGUGUGACUGCUUGUAAAUGUUUUUGGGAAAAAAUAGAUGAUACUGUACACACAUUCAUAAGUUUUGCUGGAAAGAAAGAAUAAGAGCCCAACGCUAGUACUCAAAGUUGCUUGGGAAAAAGACGAG